UUCAAGGUACAUGUUUGUAGUUUUCUUGAAAUAGAAACAAACUCUGACUUGAACUAAAAGCAAACAACGUUGCAGUAGAAAGUGGAACGACAGCAUCUCGGGAAAACGGCAAAGUGGAACGACAGUGUUGCAAGGAAACGGUGCGCAGCGCCAAAGGAAGUUGGAGAAGAACAAAACGCAGCACAUCAGGUUGUCUUCUUCAGUCGAGAAACAAAAGGUAAAGUGCAGAUAGCCGUUGGGGCUUUGAAGUUCAAUUUCUCUGCGCUGUUACCCCCCCUCCCCCCCCCCCCCCCCCCCCCCCCCCCCCCCCGGAAGCUGGUGGGCAUAGAUUAUGCACACCAAGUUUGGAGAAGAGCUGUAGAAAUGGCGCUGGAGACAAAGGUUUGGUGAAUAAAUCGGCAAGUUGGUGAGUCGAAGAGACAUGGAGCAGUUUCAAAAUGCCAGAUUGAAGCUUCUCGUGCACAAGAUGACAAUCGAACUCUAUAUGCUUGGUGCGCUCAUGAAAAGUGGGAUUCUGAGCAAUGUGAAUAGCACUCUGAUUGUCGCAGUACAACAAAGCAGGCUUGGGAUGGUCAACCUUGACGUCACGAAGGAGAAAGAGGAGACAUUGGAUCUCACAAGCAGUAUAAGCCAGAGCCCUGUACUCUGCUUCGCAAGAGGAACGAGAAACGGGCAGCUGCUUCUUGCUUUUCCAGGAGAUCAAGGAAUCGCCGAGGUAAACACAAUAUCAUGUUGUGGAUCUUCUUGUUUCUACACAAGCCGCCCAAUCUGAAUCAGUAAAGGCUUUUAAUUGUAAAGAACCAGUGCUAGGUAGAAAUAGACCAGUGGCAGGUGCUGUUUUGAGAUAUCGAAUGAUUCUGAGAGCAGCUUUGUAGUGGGUAAUGGUUGGAGUAGACAUGUACUGGCUGAGUUGUUGGGUAGCAAAACUGAUGUCAGGUCGAGUGGUUGUGAGGUAGAUCAGCUUCCCAAUCAAUGUUCUGUAAUGCUCUGGAUCAGAAUAGGGUGUGUCAACUGUACUGGAGAGAUGCAAUUUGUAGUCCAUGGGUGUAGUGACUGUUUUUUAAUCUAAAACAUCUGCUUUUUCAAUAAUCUCCAAAGUGUAUUUUCUCUGGGACAAAUGAAUGCCUUUGUUGUUCCUGGCAACUUCAAUGCCUAAGAAAAAUCUCAGAACUCCCAAAUCUUUAAUGCUGAAGGCAGUGUGUAGAAAUUGCUUGAGAAAAUUGAUCUCUGUAAUGUCAUUGCCACCAAUGAUCAGAUCAUCCACAUAGAUCAGAAUGCAAGUGUAAGAUGUCUCAGUAGCUUUGUAGAAGAGGGAAUGAUCAGCCAUGCUUUGAAUAUAACCUACUUCCUGUAACUUGUCUGUUAAUUUUGAAAACCAUUGACGAGAGGCUUGCUUGAGGCCAUAAAGUGAUUUCCUUAAUCGACAAACAGGAUGAAUGUAGCCUGGAGGAGGAUCAUAACCUUUAGGAAGUGUCAUAUAGACCUCUUCUUGUAAGUCCCCAUGUAAAAAGGCAUUGUUUACAUCCAAUUGAUGUAUGUGUCAGUUUCUGAUUGAUGCAAUAGCCAAGAAUGUUCUGAUUGUUGUCAUUUUGAUGACUGGGGCAAAAGUAUCUUGAUAAUCCACUCCCUCUUGUUGUGAAUUUCCCUUUGCAACUAAUCUGGCUCUCCUUCUGUCUAAUGAACCAUCAGAAUCAAAUUUGGACUUAUAAACCCAUUUGUUGCCAAUUGACUUCUUCCCAGCUAGCAACUCAACUACAUCCCAUGUCUUGUUCUUGAGCAAAGCUGUGAUCUCAUGUUUCAUGGCAUGAUUCCACUCUUCUAAUUGAGAAGCCUCUUUAAAUGUUUGUGGAUCAUGGUGUGAUAAAAUGUUAAGCAGGUAGUGACGAAAAUGUGGCUCAAGAGAAUUAUAGGAUAUAGUGGAGGAUAGAUCAAACCUGUUGUCUUAGAGCUGAUGCAUUGAAUUGUGAGCUGGUCUGCUAGACUGUUGAGCAAGGUAACAAUGAUAGUUCUUAACAAGAUGAGAAUGGGGGAUUAACAUGUCUACUGGAUUUUCUUGUGGGUAAGGGUUGUGAAGGAGUAGGUAAUGUUGUUGGCUGAGUUGAAGAGGAAGAAGGGUUGAUAGGUCGGGGAGGUUUAGGAGGCUGAGAGGAAGGAGGGGGACUGGUGGAAGGGUCAGGAGUAGGAGAUGGUGGAUCAAGAGGAACAGUAGGUGAAGAAGGAAGGUCCAUGUCAUCAGUGAAGGAAGGGGAAGAUGUAGAGGGAAGGGGAUAUAGGUGAUCAGAAGUAGAAUGAGUCACAUCAUCAGAGGAAAUAGUUUUGAAUGGAAAAUGGGAUUCAUAAAAAAUGACAUCCCUGGAAAUGAAGAUGUCAUGAGAAA